UCAAGAUGGCAGUGAAGUAAUGAAUAAGGGUUCAUUGUCAGAUUAUCCACGUAACCCUAAAUAAUUGAACGAAGAUUCUCAAAUAUGUAGCGAUAUGGAAAAGACGGAUACCCGAGCGUUGUGUUUAAUGCAUUUGCCAUGGUUUUUCUUGUCGAAUUCGCGAAAUCGUGGUGGAAGAAGAAGCGGUGUUUACGCUUUCUAGUCUGGGUUAUUUUGAUAUCGGUUGCAACAAAAGGGACUCAUGUUCCUCUCAAUUGCGUGGUAUUAAAUCAGACGGGGGAACUACGCUAUGAUUACAAGUCGUCUGUUGUUGAAAAUGAGUUCAUAGUGUUGUUUGAAGGGUACUAUCCUGAACCCAGACGAGAUGUGAUUGUUAGUGAAGCACUGAGCAUCAGCAAUGUUCCGUCGUGGGAAGUAAUUCCUAGAAAUAACCCUGCCCGUCAGUUCCCAAGUGACUUCUCCUUGAUCAGGUUACGUCAAAAUGCAGAAGAAGGGGUGGAAGCUCUUCAGAUGCAUCCAAGAAUACGAAAAGUAACACCACAAAGAAAAGUUCAAAGAUUUCUUCAUUUCACCCAAGAUGAUUUACAAGAUGGGAACAACUCAGAAUGUCACAAUGAUUGCUGGUCUGUUAAAGAUUGGAGCGCAAGGAAGGGAACUCGCUCAAGCCUUUCAAUGGGACAAUCACUUUCUUUCUCAGAAGAUGCUGCAAAAGGAAGGAAGUUGUUACGAGCAAUUCCACGCCAGAUCACGCAAGCAUUGCAAGCGGAUAUCUUAUGGAGCAUGGGUUAUACUGGAGAGGAUGUGAAGGUGGCAAUAUUUGAUACUGGUUUACAUAAACAUCAUCCUCACUUUAAAAACAUCAAAGAUAGAACUAACUGGACAAAUGAACAAUUCAUGGACGAUGGUUUGGGUCAUGGAACAUUUGUGGCAGGUGUCAUUGCAAGCUCCAAGGAAUGUUUGGGGUUUGCACCAGAUGCUGAGCUUCAUAUUUACAGAGUGUUCACAAAUAACCAGGUUUCUUACACCUCUUGGUUUCUGGAUGCUUUCAACUACGCGAUUUUAAAUAAAGUGAAUGUUUUGAACUUAAGUAUUGGUGGACCUGACUUCAUGGAUCAACCUUUUGUUGACAAGGUUUGGGAGUUAACUGCAAAUGGCGUCAUAAUGGUGUCAGCGAUUGGAAAUGAUGGUCCAUUGUAUGGGACGCUAAACAAUCCUGCAGACCAGAUGGAUGUCAUUGGUGUUGGUGGAAUAAAUUUUGAAGAUCAAAUUGCGAGAUUUUCCUCUAGAGGAAUGACAACAUGGGAAUUACCAGGUGGAUAUGGUCGUGUAAAACCUGAUAUUGUCACGUAUGGAUCUGGCGUUCGUGGUUCAGGUUUGAGGGGUGGGUGUCGUUCUUUGUCUGGUACCAGUGUUGCCUCACCAGUCGUUGCUGGGGCUGUUUCAUUAUUGCUGAGUUCUGUGCGACAUCGCGGCGACGUCAUCAACCCAGCCAGUAUGAAGCAAGCAUUUUUGGCGUCCGCCCGUCGCGUUCCAGAUGCUAAUAUCUUUGAGCAAGGUCAUGGCAAACUGGAUUUAAUUAAAGCAUAUCAAGUCUUAUCAAGUUAUAAACCUCAGGCCAGCUUGAGUCCAAGUUAUAUUGACCUCACAGAAUGUCCCUACAUGUGGCCAUAUUGUGUUCAGCCACUCUACGCAUUUGGUCUUCCUGUCAUCGUCAACGUGACGAUAUUGAAUGGUAUGGGCGUGACCGGUUCCAUCGUAGGAAAGCCUGUUUGGCAUCCAUAUCUACCGCAAAAUGGCGACAGAAUAGACAUUUCAUUCUCGUAUUCUCAAAUCUUGUGGCCAUGGUCAGGGUACCUCGCGCUGUCCAUCCGGGUAACACCAGCCUCGUCCACGUGGUCUGGAAUAGUUCAAGGCCACGUGUCAUUGAAUAUAUCGUCUCCUCCACAGGGAGAUGAAAUGGAGAAGAGAAUGUCGAUGAUUAAAUUACCAGUGAAAGUCAAAGUAAUUCCAACUCCCGAACGAAGCAAGAGAAUACUUUGGGAUCAAUACCAUAAUCUACGAUACCCUCCCGGUUAUUUUCCUCGCGAUAACUUGAAGAUGAGAAACAAUCCAUUGGACUGGAAUGGUGAUCACAUCCACACGAACUUCCGAGACAUGUUUAACUACAUCACCAAACAAGGAUACUUUAUUGAAGUUCUUGGAUCUCCUUUCACGUGUUUCAAUGCUUCACAUUAUGGGACAUUGCUGAUCGUAGAUCCCGAGGAGGAAUAUUUUCCAGAGGAUAAUCAACUUCGUGCGGACGUUGAAAACCUUGGCCUCUCCUUGAUCAUCGUCGCUGAUUGGUACAACGUUGAGGUGAUGAAGAAAGUGAAGUUCUACGAUGAGAAUACUAGGCAAUGGUGGAUGCCAGAUACGGGGGGAGCGAAUAUUCCUGCUCUUAAUGAACUGCUCGCACCCUGGAGGAUGGCAUUUAGUGACCAGAUUUACGAGGGAGACUAUCGUCUCGCUGAGAAUGGAGUCUAUUACGCGUCUGGAACAAGUUUGCUGAGAUUCCCCUCGGAUGGUAUCGUGGUAAAACAGACGUUGAAUGACCAGGGUUUCGAGGUGACCGCAGGAAAAACGAAGACCGUUUCAGACGUGCCAAUCUUGGGAUUGUACCAGACAACUCUCGAUGAAGGUGGUCGGAUAGUAUUGUAUGGUGAUUCAAACUGUUUGGAUGGUGCUCCGUUACAGAGAGAUUGUUUUUGGUUGUUAAGUGACAUGCUUCAGUUUACCGCGAGCAAUGAGUUAUCUCCGACGUUUGGUGAUUUCAAAGGACAGGUCAUUGAAACAAGCAAAGAUGAUAGUCUACCUCAAAGAAUGGAAGGUAAUCAACUAAACCGUUACUCCAAAGUUCUGGAUUCGAGGCUGGGACCAGCGCAGGCAAAAAGUCUUCCUGCUUGCCACAAGUACACAUGGUCUAAAGCACAAGCAUUGAAUAUAUCUUCCACUGGAGAUUUAUAUAAACAUCCCAAGUUGCUGUGGAUUGGUCAGCCUGUGGUGAUUGAUUUGUCCUCAAGAAAGAAAGUCAAUUUCCAAGUUCCUCACGACUGGGAACCAGACAGUCCUACAAUAGACAUCUGGUACACCAUACCAAUCUAUGUCGCUCUGAUAUCAUCCAUUAUCCUUGUCUACUGUGCUAUACUGACCUGUAGGUCACACAGAAAACCAAAGAAGCCUGGAGACAAUAGGACGUUCACAUUUCGUAUCCCUACAACAAGACUGUUUGUCUAGCCACCAUUCAGACAAUAAAGAGCUCAGCGAUUCAGGCACAUCUAAAAGGGCUGUUUCAACGAAGCACAAGAUUUUGAGGUAUUGAAAGUUUGUGAAGCUAAAUAACCACAGGCUAUUGUUGGGAUGAGUACAUGACUACCAAGGGUAUAUACUCAUUUCAAUAUCUCAAAGCCGUUUUACUCUCAUUCAGUCUGGACUGAGUGAGAUUAUGUAAACAGUCCAUGCAAAGUCAUGACCUGUGUUAGGCCCUGAGACAAGAUUUCGCACAAGAUCUGAUAUGCAGAAAAUUGUAUAUAAGUUUCCAUGUCAACCAAAGUGCGUUUACCUAGGUGCCUUUUUAAAUUUUUCUGAUCCCACAUUAAGAAAAUCAUAGUGGUAGUGAAUGUGUAAUUAGGUUAGAGCAAUUAUUGUAAAUAUAUUUCAAAUGGGCUUGCAUUGGGAAAUGUAAAAAAGUUUUUAAUAUAUAAAUG